ACAGGCAAUUCUCUCUCGUUGUGUCUGAAGACUGAAGACAGAGUUACAUGUUUAUCGUUUACGAGGACGUAUCGACCCUCAAUGAGGACAUUGGGCAUGGCUGUUUUCAAGCAACAGAGAGUAGAGGACUUCUAUGAGAUUGGUGAAGAGCUGGGGAGUGGCCAGUUUGCCAUCGUGAAGCGUGUCCGGGACAAGUGCUCGGGUCUGGAGUAUGCUGCCAAGUUUGUGAAGAAGUGUCAGAGCCGGGCCAGCAGGAGGGGAGUGAGGAGGGAAGACAUAGAGAGAGAGGUGGACAUCCUACAGCUGGUCACUCAUCCCAACAUUGUUGCGUUGCAUGAUGUCUACGAGACCCGCACUGACGUGGUGCUCAUACUGGAACUGGUGUCUGGAGGAGAGCUGUUUGACUUCCUGGCUCAGAAGGAGUCUCUGAGCGAAGAGGAAGCUACCCAGUUCAUCAAACAGAUCCUGAACGGAGUCCAGUUCCUCCAUGGCAAGAGGAUAGCGCACUUUGACCUCAAGCCUGAGAACAUCAUGCUGUUGGAUAAGAAUGUUGAUCUGCCGCGCAUCAAGCUCAUAGACUUUGGUCUGGCUCAUAAGAUGGAUCAGGUUGGGACAGACUUUAAAAAGAUCUUUGGAACACCUGAAUUUGUGGCUCCAGAAGUCGUCAACUAUGAGCCUCUGGGUUUAGAAGCAGACAUGUGGAGCAUCGGAGUCAUCACCUACAUACUUUUGAGUGGAGCGUCGCCGUUCCUUGGUGACUCGAAGCAGGAGACUCUAGGGAACAUCUCAGCCGUAGCCUACGAGUUCGACGACGAGUUGUUCAGCAGGACCAGUGAGCUGGCCAAGAGCUUUAUACGACAACUACUGGAGAAAGACACCAGAAAACGGUUGACAAUCCAUGGUGCUCUGAAUCAUCCCUGGAUACAGCCGUUGGACUCCAGACAGGCCCUGGUAAAGAGACAGUCUGUGGUCAACCUGGAGAACUUCAGGAGACAAUACGCCCGACGCAGGUGGAAGCUUUCCUUCAGAAUUGUGUCUCUCUGUAACCAUUUGACUCGUAUGAUGAAGAAAGGUCAUCCCAAGCUGGCAGCCCAGGACGAGAGGGACUGUGAGAGCGACCAGGAGACGGAGAUGAUCAUGAAGAAAAGACCCAGAACCAGGAAGAGAAGCAACACUUCCUGAAACCUGCCUAUCUUUUCUGAUUUGUUGAAUGUGUGUCUGUAGCACACAUGAUUGGUCCAAAAGCAGCCACAGAGACUAAUUCAAAAACUGCUGUCCAUACAAUGUCUUUUAUAUGUUGCACAGCAUUCUAAAAACACAUUUUCUGGGGCGAUAGAUGAAACACAUUGAUAGUGUUUCCUAUGGAGGGAUUUCAGCGCCAACAGAAAUGGUAUUUGAAUCCCUGCCUUCUGUAAAGCUAUCUAGAUUGUAGACAUGUACAUGUGAUAGGGGACAGGUUAGGGUUACAGGUUAGGAUAGGGGACAGGUUAGGGUUACAGGUUAGGGAUAGGGGACAGG